AUGAAACCAAAACAAGACGCCAUCAUUGAUCCUGGUCGAAAGACCGUAUUUACAGAUCGGACUCCCUCAUUCUACGGGUCUGGUUUGGGUGAAACAAGAUUCCGUCUGCAUCAAGGCAGCAAGCGUGCUGCAGAUACGAUGGUAAACAUGCUUGUCAAUGGAGGUGUCAAACACGACAAAGAAUUACGGAAAAAAAGAAGGGAAGAACAAAUGAAAUUGCCAAAAAAGAAGGGCAAACCUAAGCCGAUCAACUGUCAACUGAAUUUGUGUAUACUCGCUCUACUAUCUUUCUUCAACAAGACGAUGAGCCCCUGAGAAAUUCAAUUUGAGUGAUAGCAAAAAAGUUCCUCUGAUUGUAUUUGGUGACGGCAUGUUCAACAAAUCCGCCGUUCAUCUAAAAGGUCUUAGAACUGAUGCCGUUGGUGUCCUUUGGCGUGCCUUGAAGCGAAGAGAGGCUGCUGG